CGUUUUGCACCUGCUUUAACGGAUACCGCGUCGACAUAGUGCAGAUUCGUGACAAAAUAACGUGUGGAUCCGCGUCGCUUUGCUCUCUCUCUUUCGCCUGUGUGGGAUACUUGAACAUUUGCUUAUCGUAAUGGAGAUUGGGGAGGUUUAUACUCAAGGUCAUUGAGUGUUAUAAGGCUAUAUUUGCUUUGUUAUUUACACACACACAGCGCUAUCUUCACGUUAUAGCGCAGCCUACAAUUGUCAGUCCAGUGUGUGUUAGGCUAUUUGUUAUUACGCGGUGCAGCGGGCGAUUAGGCGAGCACCUACUGUGGAGUUAUAUUUCUAUUUCUUUUUGACACUGCAAGCUUUCUCUAACAACAUGGAUGGGAAAUUGAAGCAGGGUCGGAGAUGUCGGUCCAAGCGGGAGAGGGUGCGGAGGUUGCGGGAGGCAGGGAGCAGAGACGCCCGCAGCCCCGACCCCAACUCCUCCUGCUCCGACAGGGAGGGACACAGUCCGGGGAGGGACGCCGCCUCCCUGCCCGGUAAAAAGGCGCCGCACCCCGCAUCCGCCGCCAGAGCUCCGCGUCCCCCCCGGCGAAAGAGAAGGGAGUCCAGCUCGCAGGAGGAGGAUAUCAUUGAUGGAUUUGCUAUAGCCAGUUUCAUCAGCCUGGACCGUCUGGAGAAGAAGACCGGAGUUGUGAAGACACAGGAGAAGAAGGAGCGGUGGAAGGAGAAAAAGGUGGCAAAGCGGCAGAAGAAGGAAGACGAGGAGGUGGAGGAAGAAGAGGAGAAUGUCCAGCCUGUGGUGGAUCCCCUGGAGAACGGCUUCCUUCAUCACGCCCAGCGGGAGCAGGAGAGGAUGAACGAGAGGCUGCUGAAAAAGACUUACUCCAAGAAGAACAAAAUGAUCAAACCUUUGGCACUACGUCCGGUCAAAGUCAGUGAGGACGAGGCGGUGCAGGAGCUCAGCCGACCGCACAGGAGCAACUCCAAGGAGCAGCUCAGCGAGAGUUCCACUCACUCGCUGUCAGGCCGCGGCUACUCGUGUGACAGCGAGAGUGACAUUGACGACAAGGUGUCUGAUGUAGGAUCGGAGAAGCUCUUUUCCCCUACCACACCCAAAGGUGUGCCAACGAAUGAGAGUCCCGAGUCCAAGACUUGUAGCUCAGCCAAAGUAUCAGGGCUCCAGCGCAGCCAGGAGCAAAGCAACAGUGAGGUGCCCUUCGCGCCUCCCGUGCCCAGCCCCACCCCGGCUUCGGCGCCCACGGGCUCCCCUGCCCCUGCUGCAGCAGCGGCCCCUCCAGAGCCUCCUAGGUCACGCCUCCCCACCCCGCCUCCUCUCAGUGUCAAGAAGGAGCAGCCGCCUCCACCCCCUGUCCCUACCCCUCCCCUGCUGAGGCCACCACCCCAUCCCCAGCCCCACCCUCCUCACCCGCACCCGCACCAGGAGCCCCGUGUUCUUCCGCCUCCACAGCACCACACACGGCCAGUAAUCAGCCACCAAGUGCACCAUCCACUGCAGUACAACAGCCUCCACGACAUCAGUUCAAUGUAA